AUGCCUGACAUCUGCGCCGCUCUGCUACCUAUCGCCGCGCCUCCCUCUUUCCUCGCCUUCAACAUCCGCGCUCGCUAUUCACCCACGCUUCUCGCCUUCCACGCUUCACUCGCUGCUUCGUCGUUGCCUCGGUUCCUGGCCACCAUGGAUGCUUACUCGAUAUGCUACACUAGCCCCUCGCACCGCGGCUCCUCGAGAAUCUACCAAGACCUCAGAUCCGCCCGUCCCUAUACCGUUCCGUCUCGGCACCGCGACCAGCUUUUGCGCAACAUGACGGCCAUGGAUGCAUCCUCUCAGUGCAGUAGCCGCGAGCCCGUCGCGAGGCCGCACGUGGCCGUCGUCGGCGCCGGCCUGUCUGGCCUUCGCUGCGCCGACAUGCUGCUGCAGCAUGGCUUCAAAGUCACUGUGAUUGAGGCGAGGAGUCGCGUCGGAGGCCGCCUCCACCAGGAGGUGCUGCCCAACGGACACCUGGUCGAUGUCGGGCCCAACUGGAUCCAUGGAACCUCGGACAACCCCAUGCACGAACUGGCCAAGCAGACCAAGACGGUCGCGGGUCGCUGGGACACAACCUCCUAUGUCUUUGGCGAGUCCGGAGCCUUAUUCCCGGUGCCCCAGGGCGAGCGGUAUUCUGACGCCAUUUGGGACAUUAUCCAGGACGCCUUCAAGCAUUCCAACAGGUCUACCACGGAUAUCGACAGCGCUAAAAGUCUGGCCGACUUCUUCCUGGACAAGGUGGCCGAGAAGAUCCCCGAGACCGAGCCCGACUUUGAGCACAAGAGACGGGUUGUUCUGCAAAUGUCGGAGAUGUGGGGUGCAUUCAUCGGCAGCCCCGUCUCGCGCCAGAGCCUCAAGUUCUUUUGGCUCGAAGAGUGCAUCGAAGGAGAGAAUCUGUUUUGCGCCGGCACGUACAAGAAGAUCUUGGACAUGGUUACGAAGCCGGUGCUCACCGGAGCAGACAUUUUGCUCAAUACCCAGGCCCAGCGGAUAUUCGGUCGCCGAGAAUCCAAAGACGACAAGGUCCGAGUCCAGCUUGCGGCUGACAGUGUCGACAGCCCGCCGCUGUCGUUUGACGAGGUUGUCGUGACAUGUCCUCUCGGUUGGCUAAAGCGGAAUCUUGACGCAUUUGAGCCGCCACUACCCAUACGUCUGGAGCGGGCCAUCGGGUCCAUUGGCUACGGUUGCCUCGAAAAGGUGUACAUCAGCUUCCCCAAGGCCUUCUGGCUGUGUCAAGAAGGAGAUGACCGCAAGGUCCAGGGAUUCGUUCAAUGGCUCUCGCCAGACUACGCCCCCAGCUCAAACCCGGACUGGUGGAAUCAGGAGGCCGUCGAGCUGGCCAGUCUGGCGCCCGAGACCGCCCACCCAACGCUCCUCUUCUACAUGUUCGGCGAACAAUCCAAGCACUUGACGACCUCGGUGGCGCAGCUCAAAGAUCAGGCCGACAAGGACCGUUUUCUAUUUGACUUUUUCAAGCCCUACUACUCGCGACUCCCGCAUUACUCAGAGGAGUCGGACGAGUGCCGUCCCACGGGCUGCCUGGCCACGGACUGGAUGCACGACGAGCUGGCCGGCUUUGGGUCCUACAGCAACUUCCAAGUGGGCCUCGAGGAAGGCGACGCGGACAUUGAGACGAUGAGGAAGGGUCUCCCGGACCGCGGCCUAUGGUUUGCGGGGGAGCAUACGGCGCCCUUUGUGGCUCUCGGGACGGCGACGGGCGCAUACUGGAGCGGCGAGUCGGUCGGUAGGCGAAUCGCGGAGGCAUACGGGCGGAUGCCGGGCCUGAAGAAAGCCGAGUAA